AUAAAAUGUGAGGCACCUGUUAAAUUUCAUACAUGUAAAUAAGUAAAAAUGCAGAAAAUCAAGUGACUUGAUGUUUUGUUGUAACUCCAGACAGCAAUACAGAAUUGGGGAGUAAAAUUGCCAAAAGGAAAUACUGCUUCUUAUGUCCAGCAUGAUGAUGAAAUUCUCAAAGUUUGGUGGUGGGGCUUUGUUGUUUAAGCAUCCAAGACUUUCUGUCUCCAGCUCUGGAUCUAGAACAGUGCCAUGCAGCAGGAGCAAGAAGCAGUUACUGUCCUGCAAGGCCAGCAUCCAAGCCUAAGGAGAAAUCAAGGGCAACCGGACACAAGAUGCUGCUGAUUGGAGGAACAAGGAGGAUUAUGAGCAGAUUUUUAGGAUGUGUCUGCAUGCAGCAAACCAAAGAUGCCUAGGCUCGAAAAAGGCUUCCAACAGGACAUAAGGAUGAAGCGGUUCAUGGCCAUGCUAAACAGGAAUAAAAACAAGGAUCCCCCACCCACCAAGCUGCUGGAUUUAGCAGGACAGCUUUGCCAGGACCUCCAGAACUCGUCUCCUGGUCUGGAGAAGCUGGUUGGGACCAUGAUGGGAUGCAAACACAAGAUGUAUUUUCUCACUAACAUCCAUGUUGUCCGAGCUUGCGUGUUUGUUCAUAUCCAUAACGGGCAGCAUGACACAGCCUGCAGACUCCUGGAGUAUUGCAAGGCAGAAGAGAAGGAGGAGCUGGUGCAGCUUUGGCAUGAGAUUCACUACCGGAGGGUUAUGGAGAAACACCACACGGAUUUUCUGACACCACUGCAGAAAUUCCGUUGCAGGAAGAGGAAUCCUCCACCUGUUUCCCUUUGUCCUGAAGGUUUGAAGAAUCGAAACUAUUCAGAUGAAGUACGCCAGCAACUGCACAGGUUUGCUGCAGAGGUGACAACAAAUCCAAACAAGAAACAGCGGGAGGGAUUGGCUCGGGAUGUGAACCUGCAGCCAACUCAGGUCUAUAAUUGGUUUGCAAAUUAUCGACGACGUCAAAAAUCCUGCCUCCCCCAUACCGAAAAACUCAACAACUCAUGUCCCGAGAGGGCUUUGACUUACCCCACAAAGGAACAGCAGGAUAAAGGAUCCUACACUCCACAAACUGCAGGUGGAUCUUGUGUAGGCAUCGGCUCUGAGCAAAUGGAGAUAACCCUCAUGCCCUGUGACCCAGGGUGGGAGCAGUCAGCUGCAGAUCUGGAUAAGCCUCCUGAAGGAACUUACUUAAAGAUGCUGGAAUCCAGCUUUAUGCAGAGCGGUGAGCUGUAUGAAGCGAGGAUGGGCAAGGCUUUGUUGACCACUCACAACAGUGAACAACCUGUAGCUUUUUGCGCUGAGGCUAUGCUGGAACCAGGAACCUGCUUUAACUCUGCUGUCCUGCAGCCCAGGGAAGUAACGAGCAGUAUUGAUGCCAGCCCCCAGCUGGAUAACUUUGUCCUGUGCCCUUGCGGGUCCCUUACCUUCCCAGAUGAACGGCUGGCCAUGUGGCAGUCCCUGUCCAGCACCAGAGGAGUCUCUGGCCCCAUGUGGACCCCAAGUAUAGAAGUUCCUGUCAGACUGUGUUUGGCAAGCCUCAGUGCCCACCUGUUUCUGCACCCUGCAUGGAAGAAAGCCAAGCCUUGGGACAAAGCCAGGUCCUGGAGGAUCCAGUUGGUGACUCAUUGACCAACGACACGUUCUGGGCAGCAUGGCUGCUCUUUGAAUUCUCAGCCGGGAGACGAAUGUGACCUGCCUGCAGAGAUGCUCAGUGUGGUCUGCACUUCCCCAGGGAAUGCCCCAUCCUUUCCUGGUUUUGUUUUUUUCUUUUUUUUUUUUUUUUUUUUUUUUUAAAUGAAUGAGGGGUUUGACAUGGACAUGAAAAGAGGGAGUGAGGUAGAAAGACCAAGGCUUUUUCUAAUCGUUACAAAGUUUGUUUUAGUUACAGUUUUACUAAGAAUUUUGAAAAGGAUAGAAGAGACCAAAGGUGCAUUGUGGAUUUUAGGUUUUUACUGGAGCAGCCUGAAGCUGCCCUGUAGAUGCUAAAAAUAUCAAGUCACUAGUUCUGUGGCAGUUAUAUAUUUCCAUCCAUAGCACUGGUCAGAUCAGAGUUUUCAGUGCUAAGGUCAAUGUUCUUGCAAGAUUGGAGGAGGGCAUCCAAGAGGGCAACUCCCGACUGCCUAGGAAAGAGGGAUGAAUGGAGAAGGUGGGAGAUGCUGAACCCUCUUGAUCCAUUUUCAGUCCCCAGAUCCGGGUGGACUGAAACUGCCAAGACAUUUGUGUCACCCUUCAGGCAGUCUGCGGCAGUCUGACACCAGGCAGCGGCGAGCGCAUCCUAUUCAGACAAGUGCCCUGCAAAGCAGCACGAGUUGUGCAGGCUCCGUUUCCUACACACCAUAGUAAGCGUGGGGCUAAUCCUGUAUCUGGCUGAAGGCUACUUACGCGGUGGGGGUAAGCUGUUUCACUGCAGCUCUCCUGGGGAGCGUGCGCAACUCUGUUCCUUUUGCCCAGUACUUUUCCUUACUUAACCCAGCCUCAAGGCUGCCUGUAACGCUCCUUCAUCUGGCGCUGCUCACGGAUCAGGAGCCCUUUCCCUUCUUUCUCUUGGAGACUAAAAAGUAGAAUUUUGUAUGAGAGUGUUUGGACAUGAGCAGCAAAGCCGAGCCUUGAUGCAGGUUUAAAACUAAUGCUGUAUUCAUUGGGCAGCCUUUUGGGUAUUUUCCCAAAGUACUACUAUUUUUUAAAUCUGUAUUGCAAAAGGGCUAACCCUUGCUGAACUCCAGCCCCGAUACACACAAAGCGCAUGUGCCUCCAGUGCCUUUUGUAAUAAAGUUGGCAAAUAAAGGUUAUGAAUUACUUUUUUUUUCCAGGGUUCUUUUCUCAAGGUAAGGGUGCAAAGGGAUUACACACAGUAUUUAAUUAUGUAUUAAAACCCUACCACCAGCUGCGGUGGGUGCACGUGUGUGGUGAGACCCUGAUCCUCCCUUUAUUCUGGUGGAUCUCACAUGCAAGGUCAGUUCCUUGUUGGCGGAGGUUUUGUGUUCAAACCAGCCCUCUCGGAAGGGUUAUGCACACGUUUACGUUUAUCUCCUCCAGCGAGGGGGCCCGGGGUGAAUCCCACCUGGUUUGCAGGGAGGAGAG